AAGACUUGAAGUUAAGGUGGGAGACUUGGAUGAAGGAUUUGGAGAACCUGGAAAGAAUUGAAAUUCAAAGAUGCUUCAUACCUGACAGCCUUGGUGAGAUUCAGAGAGCCGAGCUUCAUCAUUUCUCUGAUGCAAGCAGUCAAGGGUAUGGCCAGUGCUCUUACAUCAGAGUAGUAAGCAGAGAAAGGGUAUGCUGCUCCUUGAUCAUGGGCAAGGCGAGGGUUGCACCAACCAAAAUAGUCACCAUACCGAGACUAGAGUUAACUGCAGCAGUAACCUCGGCAUCUGUGAGCAGCACAUUAAAGGAGGACCUGUAUGCUAAGAAAUGGUGGAGAAGGGUCCAAUAUCUGACUGAGCAAUUUUGGCACAGAUGGAGAAAGGAAUACCUGGCCAAUAUUGCUCUGAGACAGCAAUGGCAUGCACCAAGACGUAAUGUGGAGGUGGGUGACAUUGUGAUUCUCAAAGAAGAAGAUGUUCCUCGCAAUGAAUGGAAACUAACUAGGGUUGUGGAAGCACAUGAGGAUGAUGAUGGACUUGUACGGAAGGUGACAAUCCAGACUGGUGAUCGGAAAUUAGGAAAGAGAGGCGAACGCCUCGUCCAACCAUCCGUCAUUCAAAGACCCAUUCAGAAAUUAGUGGUCCUGGUAGAAAAUGAGAAAAAUAUGUCAUUCAUUGAUUAGAUUUCCCUUCUAAAAUACAAGUUGUCAUUAUGCUGUACUUCAUGCACAUGUUGUGGAGAUGUAAAUUCUGUUCAUAUUGUUGAAUUCAUUGUUUGAGAAAAGUAUAUUGUUUAUGUCAAUGCAAGAGUGUUUUAACAUAACAACAUGGUGCUUGGGAAUUACCAUUGAUUUAAUGAACAAUACAAGUGUAUUUAUAUUCGCAAUUGUAAUAAUCAAAGGUAAUUGGUGGGAGUGUAACUGACGUUGAAAUGUUUGUGUUGGUUGCCAUGACAACACCAGCAGCGCAUCGGAGAUCGGUACGUUGUCUCUGUUUUGUUUUCUUUAUUUGGUACUCAUAUUGUGGACCUGUGCAGUGGAGUUAUACGUCUUUCUUAUAAGAAAUGUUUCUGUUGAGAUUGUUGUGAGGUAGUCGCUUCCUGUGAGUCGCGGGAGAGACGACACGGAGCGGUAACACGGCGGACUUUUGGAACAUACAUCUUUUCUACUGCUGGGUUUACAAGGCGUACACGUUUUCACGGUGCUCCAUGAUUGUCAGAGAGAAAUAAAAUAAUUGUGGACAUCA